AAAUCUACAUAUUGAUUAAAAACUCAAGCAAGACCUUUUUUGUGAGACAAAAACUAUAGAAACUAAAAAGUCAUCUGGAUCGGUCGUCGUACGGCAGCCCCGAGAUAUCCGCACAUUUUGUCUCGUGUUACGAUUUUGAAGUGAUUUUGAAGUAACUGUAAUUGCGUACUCAAGUGGAAAGGAGUAAAUUUAAACGAGAGAUGAGCGAAAAAAAAUCCGAUCACUUGAAAAGUUCAAGAGCUCAAACCUCAUCGUCUGAGUCCGACGUAGAACAGCACCCUGUACCUCGAAGUUUCGAUGAAGUCUUAGCUUCGGCUAGUGAUGCUUCUGCAUACGGAUCUCAAGGUGACAAUUUAGACUUCGGUGAUGAAGCACCUAGUGACGGAGUGAGUGGAAUAAAGCUUGAUAUGAAACGGCUGUCUGACAUGCUUGAGUGCAUACCGCUUCCAGAACGUCUGGGAGUUUCGGAGGACAUCUUCCUUCCUGAACAGGUGGCCGAAUUUGAGCGUAUAGCCAAGCAAAGGCUGAAAGCGUUUGACGAACGCGUGAAGAAUAUUGCCACAUCGGAAAUUCGCGGUGAUCGAGCAGUGAUGAGUGAGGCUGAAAAGGAUCUCAUGAAGGUGAAGUCUGCGCUGAAGGCCCGAGUUCCCACUGAAAAUGAAGAAAAAGACGAAGCCGAUGAUGAUGACGACAUAGAUGGAUUAAAUCCAGAUGAUAUCGUUGACUGGCUGGAUAAAGUUCUCGCUAAAUAAUUUCGGCUCUUGACCUGUUUCAUAAUAAAACUUUUUUUUUUUUUUAUUAUUUAGCUCGGCAUUUUCCAGUUUUUUUAUCUGCCAUCAAAGCAAGUUUCGAUCACUUUUUUGGCUAUAAGUUUUCCAUGUUCAAAGGGUCUAAAAAUGGAGUUGGGCAAAUAGCGGCAUGUGGGCUUUAUGGUUAAAUUUUGCACAACCGGGGCCUUGUUGCUAGCGAUUCAGAUGUAAUUUUUCUACUACUGCACCGUAGGACUAAAUUAGAAAACUCCCCUCCCCUUAAAUGCUAAGGAUAGCGCUGCACUUUUAGUUUUAUUUGACAAAGCAUCAACAGAGAGUCCCAGAUAAGAUGAAUAGGCACAAUAGUUCGUCUUAACUACUUAUAAUAGUAAUUAUCGUAUAGAUGGUUAUUUCCGUAAUCCAGUAAAAGUUUCACUCAACAUGUCACAGCGCUGCAGCAGCUAAUCCUUGCUCCACAUAUGUCAUAUUAGAAGAUAGUUUUAAUUGAUUUUGAUCGUAUUUAUAAAAUGUUCUCAGUCUUUUGUUAUCCGGUGCCCAAUCAUGAUAUUCUACGACCUCAGUAUUAAGAAGAUCAACGAAUUAAAGCUAUAAUCUUUGUCUAAGAAAAAAAAACUACUUUUACAUACAUUUAUUCUAUAAAGUGCUUAGUAACAUUUUCACUAAUAAUGGGGCACUGACUUUCUUCUACAGGAACCCUGUAGAGUGUGAGUACCAUCUCUCAUCGUGAAUGCCGAAUGUAUAUGCAGGCGUUGUGUACUUCUGUACAUGGCACAGUCUGUGGGUUAGGUUAACUGAAAAGCUUUACAUUCAUGACUGAGUCUGUUUUUCUCAGGCGAUUGCUUAUGUGGUUAGCAAUGAUUGGCACUCUUUACCCUCGAUUAGAAGUACCGCAAUUAAUCGAUAAGUAAAAUACCAUUUUGUCUCAAUAAGAAAUCAUUUUGUCUAUUAGACACCUUAACUCACAGUUGUAUGGCUUGCAAGGUGUAGACUAAUUCAAUUCUGAUUAUGCCUGACGCGUUGAGAUUCAAUGUGUAUAUGUGUACGUAUGUUAUGUUAAAGAAGGGCAGCACUUUCUAGUCGUAAAAUUCCUGGGUUAGUGGGGUAAAUAUUAUGAAUUUUUAUAUCUAAGUGACCAGUAUGCCCAGUAGUAGAUGAGAUUGCGCAGAUAAUAUUGAACUAAGCUCGAAGUGAGUUACUUGGGCGGACAAAAUGCCGUAUAAACAAACAAUACAUCUGUGAUCAAUCACGUGUAAAUAGUAACAUAUUAGUAGUAAAACAAAGUAGCUCAAUAAAUUUACGAGCGAAUGUAUCAUUUACAAAUCAUAGAAGGCAUCAUAGUGGUCAGGAUUCAAGUACAAUCUGAACAACUGUUACGACUCUUUACUGCAUAAGAAAUAAAUAAAAUUCAUAUUUAUUUACGAUCGCAGAAAGCUAAGAAAAUGCUUUUUUCCUCUCUCACUAUUGUAAAACACUGUGAAGCAACAAUUUGUUGGCUGGUGUAUGAGGCGGACAGUUAUGGCUAACGGAGUCAAUUGAUCUUCUUUGUAGUUGAAGUAAACAAAGGAACAAUCUAAACAAGUUUAUAGACAUAGUUUUAGAGCCCUAGAUCUGAGUGCUGUGGACGAUUUGCAAAAGCAGUAAUAGGGGAUUACACUAUUUGCUGCGUUGAUUUACUGAAUAUUUCCUAAAAAAAGUUUUGUUCCUUAAACGAUUGUUUUAUGUUAUUGCCAUGCACAAUGUACCAUCGGGAACACGUUGUAGUACAAUCAGAAAAAAAGUAGGUUUAUACAGAUUCACUGCCAAACAACUAGUAAUGAGU